GGCGGCAGAGCAUCUCUUCAGCCCGAUGCACUGCAGUCUCCUCAUCGCCACCGUGGCUGUCGCCUCCUCCCGUUCUCCCCGUCGAGAACUCCCUGGGCGGCAGCAUCCACCGCAACUACGACCUGCUCCUCAGGCACCGGCUCCACACAUCAUGGGUGAGGUGCAGCUCCCCGUCCACCACAGCCUACUCGCCCUUCCGGGGGUCCACCGGGAGCUGCUGGGCCGUGUCAUCUCGCACCCGCAGGCGCUGGCGCAGUGCGAGCACACGUUGACGUGCAUGGGCCUCAACGUCGCGCGCGAGGCCUUCAAAGACAUGGCCGGCGCCACGGAGCACAUCGUCGCGCACGCCCUCCGUGACAAGGCCGCCAUCGCCUCCACUUGCACAGUGGAGCUCUACAUGUCCACGACUGACGUGCGCACCUAGUCCUCGCCAACGGCAUGUAGGACGACGCCGGGAAGCACUUUUAGUACAUGUCCAUGGCCAACGUGAGUGGCUAGUGGUCCCCGUCCUUGACGCUGCACGGCCUUGGGCAGUGGUGCGGUGAGGUCCUUGACGCUCCUGGUGCCCUCCGGUCGAACACCCCGAUCCACAGGACGACGGCGGCGAGCACGAUGACCGGCGUGCUCACUAGCCAGGCCGGCUUGGCCACCAUCGUGGCGGGGGCGCAUAGCAAGUGUUCGACGAAAUGUAUGAGUCAAUAGUAAGUUAUUGACAAGCUUGGUUAGGACUUAGGAGGAAAUAACAGAAGAUCGAAUUAACCUUGGCAUCCGUUGGUGAUGUAGGGAUUGCCCUCGUAACCAGACUUGCAGGAGCACGUGUAGCCGCCUCUUUGGUGUUUUCUGC